AUGUCUGCUUCAAGAGAUCUGGAGCUUCUCAUUCCAGUCUCAACAAACAUUAAUUCUGAAAAUGUAUGUUCUAAAUCAUCCUCCAAUUCUUCGUCUCCCGGCAUUGUUCUCUCCACCCCACAUCACUCUGGCCAAGAGGCAUUUUCAAAAGUGAUUCGAAGCUGGGCCUCAAAGAAGUUUAUGACAGGAUGUGUCAUCCUUCUUCCAAUUGCAAUAACAUUCUAUGUCACAUGGGGAUUUGUUCGGUUUGUUGAUGGUUUCUUCUCCCCUAUAUACAAUCAACUCGGGAUCAAUAUUUUUGGUCUUGGAUUUGUUUCAUCCAUCACUUUCAUAUUCCUAGUUGGAAUUUUCAUGUCAUCAUGGUUAGGAACUUCUGUUCUUACCCUUGGUGAAUGGUUCAUCAAGAAAAUGCCUCUUGUAAGCUACAUAUAUGCUGCCUCCAAGCAAAUAAGUGCAGCAAUAUCACCAGAUCAAAGCUCGAAUGCUUUCAAGGAAGUGGCCCUUGUUAGGCACCCUCGUAUUGGAGAGUAUGUAUUGGGGUUCAUCACAUCUACAGUAACCCUACGAAAGAUCAGAGAUGAAGAAGAGCUUUAUUGUGUUUAUAUUCCCACCAAUCACUUAUACCUUGGAGAUAUUUUUCUCAUUAGCCCAAAUGAUAUUUUGAGGCCUAAUCUCUCGGUUCGUGAAGGAAUCGAAAUUGUUAUCUCUGGUGGCAUGUCAGUACCUCAAAUAUUGACUACAGGGGAUGCUCUUACCAAACAUGCCUCAAGAAUUCCCACAUUUGCAACAUCACAAGUAUAAUGAUGGUAUAAUUUGUGAGCACAUGUGUGUGU